CGCCGUGUCGCCCCCUGUGGGGCAGCGAGGGGCCCACCUGGGGAAACAGGGGGGUCGCAGGCGGUGAUCAGCAGCAGACGCUGCGAGCAUGCCCUCACUGCCACCUGGCAUUGCCCUCGGAUACACUGACCUGGCAUGAGACAAAGUGUCUCCAGUUUGACGGACUGCGCAACAACAAAUAGGAUUUCACCUGAACGCAUCAUCAGUCAUGCAAAUAAAUGAAAAAUAUUGCUGGUUAUGUCCAAAGUACUGUAUUUAUUGGAUUGUUUAUUCUAAUUUAACUAAACACGCUUGUGUGCGUAACUACAACAUGACGUCACAGUGUCGGCUGAUGAACACGCGAGAGCGUCGUCCAAAAAAACCCCCCAUCAGCAUCCUCUUCCUCAUUGGCCCAUAACGGCGGCGCCAGGUCAGGUGACCAAGCCACGCCAGCCCAGCCAAUGGCGUCGGCCGCUCAUUGACCCACUGCCUUGCAUACACUGCCACUAACCCCUGUCAGUCUCCUGCUGUUGUUGUUGUUGUCGUCGUUUAAGCGGGGCCUUCUCUCCAGCAUGCCGCUCGACAAGCUCUCCCCCUCGGGUGAGAACGGCGACAGCAGCGGCCCGAGGCCGAGAGCGUGCGCCGGCUCGACGCCCUCGCCUCCGCCGACUCCGAGGCGCUCCUAUGUGGGCAAAAGGAGUCUGGCGGCGGCGGCGGUGGGUGGUAGGAAAAUCACGCAUCCCGGGAAGGCCAUCUUAGCAGGCGGGAUCGCAGGCGGAAUCGAGAUUUGCAUCACCUUCCCGACGGAGUACGUCAAAACUCAGCUGCAGCUGGACGAGCGAGCCAACCCGCCGCGUUAUCGGGGCAUCGGCGACUGCGUGAAGCUGACCGUGCAGGAUCACGGUCUCAGAGGCCUGUACCGAGGGCUUAGCUCGCUGCUCUACGGCUCCAUCCCCAAGUCGGCAGUGAGAUUUGGCACCUUUGAAAUCCUCAGCAAUCCGAUGCGGGACGCCACAGGCCGACUGGACAACACGCGCAGCCUCCUGUGCGGGUUGGGGGCUGGCAUCACCGAGGCCAUCGUCAUCGUGUGCCCCAUGGAGACUCUCAAGGUGAAGAUGAUCCAUGACCAGUGCUCGAUGAGGCCUCGCUACCGGGGUUUCUUCCACGGCGUCAGCGAGAUUAUCAGAGAGCAAGGUGUCCGGGGGACCUAUCAAGGUCUGACAGCGACCGUGCUCAAGCAGGGAACCAAUCAGGCCAUCCGAUUUUAUGUGAUGAACGCACUACGCAAUUGGUACAAAGGGGACGAUCCCAGAAAGGAAAUGCACCCGAUCGUCACGGCCAUGUUUGGAGCCACAGCGGGGGCCGCCAGCGUUUUCGGCAACACACCUUUGGAUGUGGUCAAGACCAGAAUGCAGGGUCUGGAUGCCCAUCGCUACAAGAACACAGUGGACUGCGCCUUCCAAAUCCUCAAGCAGGAAGGACCACAAGCUUUCUACAAGGGUACCAUUCCUCGGCUGGGCCGCGUGUGCUUGGACGUCGCCAUCGUCUUCGUUAUCUACGAGGAAGUGGUCAAGCUGCUCAACAAUGUCUGGAAGACCCAAUAAUAAGAGGAGCUGAGAAGAUCCAGUCGAAAAAGACUAGCAAGGCCUUCUGGAAAUCACCAAACCAGAUAUUUCCAUGUCGCUUGAGGAACAUUUUCCACCACCAAAACAUGGCAAUGGAGGAUUGUUAGUGGAAAAGCAAUGUUUUUUUUUUUUUUGUUGUUGUUGUUUUCUUUU